GGCAGAACACCCACUCAUGGACUGUGCUAACUGAACGGCUUCAGAUGCGGUGCGGUGUAGCAGGGUGCAGACAUCAAUAAUUUCAAAUGCAUUUGAGAAUUGGAUUGUGUGAAUCAACGCAUCAAAUCAGGUGACCAUGUCCACUUUGUCUUCCCUUGUUGCUGACUAUGGGUCCUCGUCGUCCGGGACUGACGAUGACAGUGAGUCAGAACAAGAAACGCCUUCAGGGCAAGAAGCAUCGUCGCCAACGGCUAAACUCCCGUUGCCAAAGCCAGACUUUGCCAACGGUCCAACUUCGAAAAAUUCAGUUUUCAUGAAUCCUUACGUAGAAGCUGAGAUUGCUAAGAAAGCAAUUUUGGAGAAACAUGUGAAAAUGGUGCCAAGCAAAGAUGAAGUAAGGUUUAUAAAUGGCAAACAAAUUUGUUGGAAUUAUAGGAAAGGAAGAUGUCGCUUUGGUCACAACUGCAAAUUUGCACACGACUCAGAUCUUAUUCAAUCAGCAACUCAUAGUAGUUCAUUUUCUGGUAAUGUUUCUGGACAAACUGUGCCGGAACGAGAAUCAGCCUCUCCAGAACCUGAACCUGACCCUGAGGAAGGGGAGGAUGGACAACUUAAACGUAAAAAGAGGCCAGGACUGAGUCAGACGUUGGUGCCAGGCAAGAAAGUCCUUAAUAUGUACAAAAAACAAAGGGUCAAAGAAACACCCUGGAAGUCCUAACUUCGAAACUAUAUGUAUCUUAGUCUACAAUGUUGACUUGUCUAGUGUGUCGUAACAAGCAAAAGCAAUAAUAGUUCCACAGAUAGGGGCGUCUCCUUGUGGUAAUUUAUUCAAAAUUUAGCCAUAAUUUUCAAUGAUCUUUCACGCUUGAUUAUAAGUGGCCGUUCACAUAUGCUAAUUAAGGAUGAUUUAGAGAGCAGUGUUAGUUAUAAAACUGUCCCUCUAAAUAAUAAUCAAUGCUAGUUUGAACAUUUUCUGGCUGUGAUUGUUCUGAACACAAACUUGUGCUGUAUGAUGUCUUAAGUGUUCAAUGCAGGAUACCAUAUCUUGGACUGUGAAAUUCAUUUAUCUGACUGCUUACAGUUUAACAAGUAAGGUAAGUCAUUGUAUCUGAGAAAUCUGGGAAAAUUCUCAGUAUUAUUCUCUAGUAGGCAUCAUUGGGUCUGUUUACAGGGUCGGAUUAUUGCUCUGAAAUUGUUGCAAACAUUUUAGAUCAAUGUUUAAAGUAUUUCAUUACAGUUUUUUUUUUUGUUGUACCUAUAGAUUUUAGACUUUUGUAUUCUGUGUUAUGGAAGCAAAGUGUAUUACAGGAUAUAAAAUGACAUUAGAAAAUAAAAAUUCUAAAGAUUAGAAAUUAUUUAUUAACACAUAUUGAUAAGAGUUCUGUUGUAAUACACGACUUUAAUAAUAUAUGAAGAAAUGAAAAAAUAGACAGUAUCAGGCUGAAACUUUGUACAUAGUAAAUUAAUUCAAAAAUUGGCCUUAAUAUGGUGAAAGCUUCAACCAGCUCAUAUGUGAAUUCAUGAUACAACUUAAGAACAUGUCUUAAAUGUUUUCUGACAACAAGGUACAUGACGUGAAAAUGAAUGCAAAUUAAUUAACCACACUGAUAGUGAUAAAUUUCAAGACUGCAAAAUGAAGUGGUGACUGUACAGGGCCUGAAGAAAUAUGUUCAAUUUACUAACUAGAAUGGCCUGGCAUGAAUUUUAAUAGCAAAACAAACUGGUAACAAAA